AUGAUAAUCAAUACUAUGCCUAAAUUAAUCGACAAAUGUCGAAUGUACUUAUCAAUGCAACAUUGCACACGUCAUCGUACAUUAUACUUUCGUCUAUUGAUAUCUCUAUUUUUAUCAACAAAUGCUUAUCUUUUCUUAUUUCCUAUAACAAAUGAAUAUCGACCUUUUCAUUUAUCCUUCAAAAAGACAAACAGUGUAGCUGAUCGAAUAGUUUUGCUUGUUCGUACAUCGCACAAUUGUGAAUCACGGUUAAAUUACCUUCUUCAAAGUUGGAUAUCAACAGAUGUAUUAGAACAGUCAAAUUUAUAUUUAAUUACAGACCGUUUAUCAAAUUCUGCAAAUCUAACACUAUUUUCGUCUUUUCAAAAUGUAAUUCAAACAGGUUGCCCUGAAACACAUGAUCGUAAUGAUCUAUGUUGUAAAACAGCACACGAAUUUAACUUAUUCUACAAUUUAAUUCUCACAAAACCAAAUUUAGAAUGGCUAUGCCGUUUUGAUGAUGAUCAUUAUGUUAAUAUUAAGAAUUUAUAUAAAUAUUUGUCUCAAAUAAAUGCGUCAAAAUCAUAUUAUAUGGGCCGGACAAGUAUCAGCGGUCGUUUAAGAGCCAGUAACAGUAAUCGAUCAUAUUCAUUUGCAACUUAUGGUGCUGGUGUUUGCUUUUCUCAUGCGCUACUUAAACAGCUGCGUCCUCAUGUUCAUAUUAAAAAUUUACCUGUUGAUUGUUUAAAACAUAGGCUAUCUGAUGACGCUUAUAUCGGUUAUUUAAUUGAAUGUAUUCUGAAUGUAUCACUAACGGCAAGAAAUGACUUAUUUCAUUCACAUCUGGAAAAACUUGAAACUUCAUUUCGAUACUUCAAUUUAAAUCAUUUAUCCGAUUCAAUUACAUUUGGUUUUGCAUGGGAUCGAUAUAAAUUAGAUUGGUUACCAAUAAUUCAUGAAUUGAUUCAGUUAACUAAUCGCGGUCAAAUAAAAACAGCAAGCCGUUUAUGGUUAUUUUUAAGGAAUUAUGAAAAAGAACAUCCCGAAAAUUUAAAAGAUAAAUAUGAUGAAUCAUGUAUAUCACAUCAACGAUUACGGAAUCAAUCCAUUGAAGUGCAUACAAGUAAGACUAGAAAAUCUAUUGAAACUCUAAAACAACACAAUGAAACAGGCUAA